CGGAACCCCCUCCCCCAUCUCUUAGCUCGAGUGGUUUCUGGCCAGAACACCCAAACCCCGCUGAGUUAAUGCAUUGUUGCAUAACCCUUGCUGAUGACUCCCACAUAGUCCAAUAUAGACGCUCGCUAUAAAAUACACACGUGAAAUACACACUAUGUAACACACACACACACGUUCAUAAAACACACACACACACUUAAAAACACUCAACCGUCACACACACUCGGCUGUAACACUCGACUGGAGUGUGUGACACACGCACAGACGACGACGAAGGGCGGCCCAGUCAAUUAAUAGUGCGCAUGGUUAAUUAUUUUAGAAAACUAAAAUUCCCGGGCUGCAUGUGCAAUGGACCAACAUCGACCGUUCCUCAGCCAAUGUUGAAUGCGGUUCAUAAAGCAAGCACGUAUCUUGGUCGUCGUCAUCACAUUUAAUCUAAUUGUCCAUAAAAGCCGCAGUCAGUCGACAGUCGAGUCUCCUGCAUUGGGAUGUUCGGCGCUUUGCUUCGCGUGGGGGCAAUGCAGAGCACCCGGAGUAAACCCCACCACGUGCACGAGGAGUUAACGCUCGACAACCCGUAGAGACUCGCAGGGACACGAAUCCGUAGAGAUUCGUGGGAGCUUCACGAAUCUCUACGUGAUCCACCAACCCUUGCCUCUAAAAGCGCCGUGUCACAGGUGUGCACCACCACGCCUGGACUCACGAGGACUACACAGCCAGGUCCGCUAACAGGUGUGUGGGCGUGCACAGGUGACCGCCCGGCAGCUACAGGUGUGAAGAAGUUGGGAGACCGCCGGCUUCCUCGUUGCGUCCGACCUGUCGUCUCGUCCUGCGAGCAGCUGGGUGCGUGAGCACGCUGCUGGUGCCGUGUUGUCCAUCGCAGCUGCCACCAUGAAGCUGUGUGUUACAACCCUGGUGAUGUGCCUGACGGCGGUGCUGACGGUCGCCACCGCGUCCACGACCAAGAGGAAGCCGCAGACCCUCUCUAGAGGGUGGGGCGAUGAGAUCGAGUGGGUGCAGACCUACGAGGAGGGGCUCUUCAAGAGCCAGAAUUCCAACAAGCCACUGAUGGUGAUUCAUCACCUGGACUCUUGCGAAUACUGCCAGUCCCUGAAAAAAGCAUUUGCCUCGUCACAAGGGGUGCAGAAGAUGGCAGACGAAGAUUUCAUCAUGCUCAAUCUCAUGCACGAGACGACAGAUAAGAACCUGAGCCCGGACGGGGCCUACGUGCCGCGCAUAAUGUUUGUGGAUCCAUCCCUGACGGUGCGAGCCGACAUCACGGGACCCUACCACAACCGACUGUACACCUACGAGCCCAAAGACAUCGAUCUCCUGAUGGAAAACAUGAAAAAAGCCAAGCAGCUGCUCAAGAACGAGCUGUAGAGCAGGGGGCCCUCUUCCCAUCAGGCCCACGUCGUGGCACGGUGCAGUGCCUCCGUGCGUCUGUGCGCCGCCUCUGGCCUGCAGUAUCCCUUACGUGGACUCGGAAGGGUUACAAACGACACACACAAAAUAACAAGCACACGCCGAUAAAUGUCUGUUGCCUUGUAUGUUAUUUUUCAUUCUUCUCAUCGAUUGACAAGCAUGUUUUGUUUUUCCCCUUUCGCAAUUGUGCUUUCUAAGUGUUGGAUUUUGUGUUACAGGUUUCUUGCCUCUGUAAUUUUUUUUUCACCGAAAUGAUCCCACGCGACAUUUUUAUGUUAACACGCAUCCUGUGAAGUACACGUUUGCAGUAAUGUAAUGGAAACUUACUGAAAGCAACAGCGUGGAUAUUUCUAGGUGCGUGCAAGUGUCUGGUUGUUAAAAUAAAAGUAAAAACCCGUGUGAC